AUGGUCCUUUCCACUCACACCUGCAUCGUUGUGGCGAUUUCGGUGCUGGCGGCAGUACAAACCCUCGCCCAAACAUGCACCAUACUAGUUGAUGUCGACUUGGUUGGCAACGACAUUGCUGCCACCGACCAAACGGAUCCAGGGCAGUGUUGCAGUGACUGCAAAGCCACCAAGGGGUGCAAGGCGUUCAACUGGUUCGACGGC